CUAUUUUCUAAUUUUAUAGCUAGAGUUAUUUAAAAAAUGGCAAUGCUGCUUUUUCAAGAAUAUCUACCUGAGAAUUUACUUGAAAAAGCUGCAGGAAAAGGAAAGAUUGUUCGUGUUGUUGGUAUUGCUGCUGCUGGUUUCCAUUGUGGAUUAAAGUUUCUUCGUAAAAUAAGUCUCUGUGGUGAUUCAAACAACCCAGUGCUAUUGUAUCUUCAUAAACUUCUACGCACACACUUGAAUUGUGGUGUACUGAUCAGAGGUGAAUUUUUUGCAAAACUACCAUGGCAUUACAUGGUAAUUUUGUCAGGAUGUCAUGUUAUUGUCAAUUAUGGUUCUUAUGGUACUGUUCCAGUGCGUGUUCUGGAACAUCAGCAAAACUUGCAGAAAGAGUUGGAACUAUGCCCUGAUUUAUUUAACCGUAUAACAUUACAAAUGAAAUAUGAAGAAAGUCGAAAUAUAGUGGCAAGAGAAAUUGGUUGUGAUGCACAAAACUUAGUUUUUGUUGAAAAUGUAACUGAAGGAAUGAACUGUACCUUACGUUCACUUCUACCGCAUUUUAAAGAUAAUGACGCUAUCUUCUGUUUGAACGUUAACUAUGCUUCUGUCUUGAAAACGGUAGCUGUUUACUCAAAGAAGAAUAAUGUGGAAGUAUUAAAGCUUGACGUUGAAUUUCCUAUUGUAUCCGAAGAGGAGUUUGUGAAUGCAUUUCGAAAUAUGUUUGCAACACAUGGAAAUAUUAGACUGGCAAUAUUUGAUCACAUAACCAGCGCUUCUGCAGUUAAACUUCCAAUCAAAAAAAUUGCAAGUUUAUGUCGAGAAUUUGGUAUUAUCUCUGUUGUUGAUGCAGCACAUGCUCCUGGCCAGCUGUUUUUAGAUAUUAAAAGCUAUGAUAUUGAUAUUUACAUAGGGAACCUUCACAAAUGGUAUUAUACUCCAAAAAGUUGUGCCAUAAUGUGCAUCGAUGAAAGAUUACACGAUAAAAUGCAGCCCACUGUUGUUUCGCAUGGUUGUUAUGGUGAUCUACACGAAAGAUUUCGUCGUCAAGGCACGAAGAAUUAUUCGGCACAUGUAACUGCUGGUUACGCUGUUGAAUAUAUGAAGAAGUUAGGAGGGAUUGGACACUUGCAUUCCUACAUAACUCCCUUGGUGGAGUGGGCUGUCCAACUCUAUGUGAGAGAAUGGAACACAGAAGAACUCUCCGUUCCAAAGAGCAUGAAAGCUCCUUACAUGCGUAUUGUGUUUCUCCCUGAGGUGUUUACUAAACACUAUGGGUCGAAAACAGAAGAUGCUGAUCGGAUGAUUAUCGACAUGUUAAACGAUUUUAAACUGGCAAUAUUUGUCAACCCGGUUCAAGGAAGGCUCGCCACACGUGUGUCCGCGCAAAUAUUCAGCACGAGGAACCAGUAUAAAUAUGCUGCACGAGUAAUUAAACGGAGAGCCAACGAAUUACGCUCGAAGUACAACUGAAUUUUUUAUCAACAUUGACAUUGCAUUCAAGCUAAUGUAAAUAUACACGCAUGCGCAUUUCAGACUUUGUUGCGAUGCAACAUAAUCUACGAACAAUAUGUUCCAUGUUUUAUAUGGUCAGUAUUAUAUAUUAAAAACUUUAAUCCGCGUUCUUUGCGCAAAUAGUCAUAUUUAUAUAUUUUUUACUUUUGUCUUAAAAUUAAUACAAUAGAAGGCGCUCCAAA